GGGUUGCGGUUGCGGUGGCGUUUCCGACUGUAGGAGCCUUGGCUUCCCAGUCGUCAGAAGAGCCCGAACAGCCGAGUCCUUUCACUGUCUUUCACUCUUCUGGCGUCGGUGGUUUUACUUCUUGGAUUGAGCCCUGCUUCCUCGACCCCCCGGGAGGACGCCUCCUUCAGGCGCCUCCCUUCUCCCCGAGAACUCGCUCUGACAGCUGAGGAACUGGCAAGAUCCUGCUACCCAGAGGAAAUUUACCCCUAACCUCAAUGCCAACAAGAAUCCUUACCUGCUUUACUCUCCACCAUCCUAAGCCAGUCUUCCUGCCUCAACUGUUUGUCAUCCAUUGUGUGUGCUGCAUCCAUACACCAGAAAAGUUCUACUGUAAGCCAUGAGAUGUCUGGUCUGAAUUGGAAACCCUUUGUAUAUGGCGGCCUUGCCUCUAUUGUUGCUGAGUUUGGAACUUUCCCUGUGGACCUUACCAAAACACGACUUCAAGUACAAGGCCAAAGCAUUGAUGUUCGUUUCAAAGAGAUAAAAUACAGAGGAAUGUUCCAUGCCUUGUUCCGAAUCUAUAAAGAAGAAGGUGUGUUGGCUCUGUACUCAGGCAUUGCUCCUGCUUUACUAAGACAGGCAUCGUAUGGCACCAUUAAAAUUGGGAUUUAUCAAAGCUUGAAACGAUUAUUUGUAGAACGUUUAGAAGAUGAAAAUCUUCUAAUUAAUAUGAUCUGUGGGGUAGUGUCAGGAGUGAUAUCUUCCACUAUAGCCAACCCCACUGAUGUUCUAAAGAUUCGAAUGCAGGCUCAAGGAAGCUUGUUUCAAGGGAGCAUGAUUGGCAGCUUCAUUGAUAUAUAUCAACAAGAGGGCACCAGGGGUCUGUGGAGGGGUGUGGUCCCAACUGCUCAGCGUGCUGCCAUCGUAGUAGGAGUAGAGCUACCAGUCUAUGAUAUCACCAAGAAGCACCUAAUACUGUCAGGAAUGAUGGGUGACACAAUUUUGACUCACUUUGUUUCUAGCUUUACAUGCGGCUUGGCUGGGGCUCUGGCAUCCAAUCCUGUUGAUGUGGUGCGAACUCGCAUGAUGAACCAGAGGGCAAUUGUGGGACAUGUGGACCUCUACAAGGGUACUUUGGAUGGUAUUUUAAAGAUGUGGAAACACGAGGGCUUCUUUGCACUCUAUAAAGGAUUUUGGCCAAACUGGCUUCGACUGGGACCCUGGAACAUCAUUUUUUUUAUUACAUACGAGCAGCUCAAGAGGCUUCAAAUCUAAGAACUGGGUAUGUGAGAGCCCAGCUCAGCCAGCCUUUCUACUACUGUUCUUCGUUACCCUUUUUCGUGUUCUAAUGUAUAUUGACAAAGUUGUGUUUACCGAACCAGUGGUCUCCCAACUCCUCCUGAUCAAAGAACAACAGGAUAUGGUUCAGCUUUGUUCAUGCAUUUGUGUUACCAUGUUAACUUUUCCCUGAGAGGGAGUGUUAACAUUGAAACUCUGGUGCCAGAUUGGUAUCUUCCGUGAAGAUGGAUACUGAUGGGUAACAUUCAAAAUGGCCUUUUUUCCAAAUGUGGGUUAAAUGUAGUUUGUUGGCCCCCAGAUCUGGGUAAGAGCAGAAGAUUUAGGCUGGCACAGUUACUGAAAUGUGUGUUGUAGACCUUGGUUCUCAUUAAAGUAUUUAUUGGCAGAAUCACUUUGACUUUGUCUU